AUGAGGCUAACAUUUCGCGUGGCCAUCGCCGUCGCACUGGUCUUCACUAUCUUCCUUGUGAAGAAUCACCUCUCUUCAAUCGACGAGCAAUGGCAGACUGACCGCAGCGCAAGCCGCGUGCCGGUGCCUGAAUUUAUUCUCGACCGUGCGGGCACCCAUAUCGAGCUGGUCUCGGGCGACGACGUUGCGGCUGCGGAAGAAGCUACUUCUAGUUCCGUGGCUGUGUCGCGGGUUUCUUCAACGUCAAUUAGUACUUCAAAGACCCAGAGAUUUUUGGAACCAACUGGGCCGCCAGUCACACCGAAACAAUUUGAACCGGAGACGAUUCCCGUUGAGGUUCCUGGCUCAUAUUUCUAUGAUGAUUUGUUUUCGGAUGAUUACCUAGAUACAUUGGAUUAUGAACUCGGUUCGAGAUAUGGACAUAAUCAACCACCGCCGAAGCCGAAAGCUACACCUAAACCGCCGGUACCGAAGUUGACGGAUCGCAUUGUUGUGUUGGGGAGAAUGUCUUGGGAAGAUUCCGAUUGGUUGGAAGAGGAACUACCAGAGUGGCCGAACGCAGUCUAUGUCAUCGACGAACCCGAAUCCGAAUACCAUGUCGCCGAAAAUAAAGGCAAAGAGAGUAACGUCUAUCUCACAUAUAUCAUAGACCAUUACGACAACCUACCUCAAUACAUGGUCUUCCUACACGCCCAUCGCUGGGCCGAGCACGUCGAAUUCGAUGAACAAGAUAAUUCCUUGACGGUGCAGCGAUUACAACUUGACUACGUCCGCCGAGUCGGAUAUACCAACCUGCGUUGUGACUGGAGUCCAGGAUGUCCAGAUGAAGUCUACCCAUUCCGACAAUUAGCAGGACGGACAACGGAAAUCGCCUUUGCAGGAGCUUGGAUCAAGAUUUUCAAUAACACUGAUAUCCCAGAGGUGAUUGGAACACCUUGUUGUGCGCAAUUCGCUGUCACAAGAGAACAAGUGCUUGCUCGGCCGCUGAGCGACUAUGAGCACUACUAUCGCUGGUUGAUGGACACGCAACUCGAUGAUGAGACCAGUGGCCGCGUGUUUGAGUAUCUGUGGCAUAUUAUUUUCGGGCAGGAUCCCGUAUCAUGCCCUAGCAAAGCACAGUGCUACUCGGAUGUAUAUGAUAUGGAAUAUAUAGAGCCGCUCAUUCCUGAUUACAUCUCGGACAACCCGUUCAGGAACAUGAAGAAUGAUGACGACUUCUUUGAAGGCUUUGACUUGCCCGGAGAGCCAGUUGAUGAUGACUGGGACGAAGGCUUCGACUUGCCUGGAGAGUCACUUGACGAGAAUGAGGAAGGGGAUGAGGAGAAAGAAGAAGACCAACAGCAAGACGUCAAAACGGAAAAUUCCAAAGAGAACGUCAAACAGGACGCCAAUGAGGAUGAGAACGAAGACUCAACUUUUGAGGACUUUGACUUCGACGGUCCUUGGGACGACUCAGAACCCGACGACUUACCAGUGGCCGAUCCCCAGAAGAAUACAAAGGUCGAGAGGCCACCCGUCCACGGACUCACCUAA